CGUUUUUGUUUAAUUUGAUAAUUAACUGUGGAAAAGCUACAACAAACUUUUAUGAUUACAAUAUUAAAAUUAAACCCAUAAUACUAUAGAGACAAAAUAUUAAUAAAACAUUAAUACGCAGAUAAAUUUAUAUUCAGUUUGAUUUCAAAUACCGUUCAAGUUAAGACCGUUUAUUCAAACUAAAAUAUAUGAUAUAAAAUGCUACAACAUUGGCUAAUGCUGAUACUAUUGGCGGUAACGUGGCUGGUGAGUGCGCAUGGCAAGACAUUUCAAUUAAAUAAGGAUUUUCUGACGUCACUGCUGCUAACAAAAGGGGAUGCCGUCGUCAGUCAGACAGCCAAGAAUAAUUUGAACCUUGAUAAUAUUGUAACAAUUCAAACGCCAUCAAGUGCAGUUCAAGAUUGGAGUUUGGUGUGUCAACAGCUCUGCGGAGCUGCUUUAGGUGGCUCCGUAUGUGCUCCCUAUUGUAAAAAUUUGCCAUUUUUACCCUUAAGUGUGCAACUUGAAAAUGCCGAAGAAAUUAUGGAUUCGAAACAAGAGUUAAUAUGCCCCGAAUUAUGUGGACUACAAUUAGGUGAUGAUGUUUGUACAUGUAAAAAUUAUAUCACAAAUGAUUUUGAUGCCUACAUGAAAGCCGAAGAACAGACAAACGUCUGCGCCAUAAUCUGUGAUUUUAAUAGUGUCACACUGACCGGUUGUACGCCAUGUAACAGGGAUAAAAACGACGAAUAUAUGAUUUUGGAAAAUUUUAAAACUUUAAACCAACAACAACAACAACCACAAGUUGUGCCAUAUGGAGCAAUUGAGAACACAACACCAAUCACACCAGACUGGAAUCAACUUUGCGCUUCAUUGUGUAAAACUGGAGAUGGCGGGUCAUUGUGCAAUUGUGAUUUAUCGCCAUUUUUUAUAUAAACGAUUGAGAACAGCUUUGAAUUCAUAAGAGUUUUCUUUAUUUCUUU